GCCAUUUCCGUCUUUAGCCAGCCGGUGGUGUCACUCAACAACCGUGGAGACUUCAAAUCACUUCAAAUAAUAACUGACAUUACUGAAUACGGACUGAGGCAAAAUAUCACCUUGUCAUUCCUUAAAGUUGGUUGAAUAUCAUCCCUUCACCUCUUGUCCUUGACAUAGACUCUUUUAAAGUAACAGCUGUCAGAGAAGUUGUCCAGCUGUUUUUCUGAUGGUCAGCCAUGGAUGAAGAUGACAGCCAAGAUGAGCUGAUCAACCGCAGUACGUCCCAUGGCAAAGGAAAAAGGGCUGCGCUGUGGGCCAUCUCAGAUGACUCGGAUGAUGUGGAAGAGGAGUCUGAGGAAGGAGGAUCUGACAGUAGUGCGGAAGAAGAGGAGGAUCACGUAGAUGGAGAGGAGGAGGAGGAGGAGGAUGAUGAGGAGGAUGAGGAGGAAGAAGAAGAAGGGAACGAAGAGGAGGAUGAUGAGGAAGAGGAGGGAGAUGCUAAGGCUGAGGAUGGAGCUAUCGGGGCAGCCUCCGCAGACCUUGCAGGGAUGAGCUCGGAUGAGGACGCAGAUAAGUGUCCCAUCUGCCUUAACUCAUUCAGCAGCCAGCCUGUUGCAACGCCAGAGAACUGUCAGCACUACUUUUGUCUUGACUGCAUCCUUGCAUGGGCCAAGAAUGUAAACUCGUGUCCUGUAGACCGUCUUGCCUUCAACAGCAUAUACCUAAGGAAAUCUUAUGGAGGCAAAGUGAAGAAAAUGAUCACAGUACAAAAGCCUGCGAAGGAAGGGCUAGAGGAAACAGUAGAUUUGGACCUGGAGCAGACCAGCUGUGAGGUGUGUGGGGGCAGUGACCGUGAGGACCGCCUUUUGCUCUGCGAUGGCUGUGAUGCUGGGUAUCACAUGGAGUGUCUCACACCACCUCUUGACUCUGUUCCUGUGGAGGAAUGGUUCUGCCCUGAGUGUGUAGCCAACAACCGGCACUCAAGGGGUUCAGCUGAAGAAAUUAGUGAUACCGAGAGCCUACCUUCUACUGCCCGUCCUGCCACCAGUCGCUCCCACUCUGGUGCUGCAGCUCCCACCAGAGCUAUCGCCCGAACUCAGCAGAGUGAGAGGGUUCGAGCCAACGUCAACCGACAUCGCAUCACACAGGCACGCUCAUCACAGUUGGCGCCCACAUAUCUGAUUCAGUCCACUUGGCUGGAUGAGACUAUUAAUGCUGUGGUGGCUGGGCUCAACACGGCUGUGUAUGUACGGGAUUUCGCACCCCGCGCCCCAGCUAGCCGCAGGCGUAAAACCGGAAGACGCAGAAAGGUCAGACGCAAGAAGACGUCUUCUUCUAUGGCUAAAAAUGGUAAAGCAGCAGGUACAGGAGUCAAGAGGAGGAAACGGAGAGUGAGGAGGACUAAGUCCAGAAAAAAACUGGCGUUAAAAAAGUCAAUCACUCCUCGAAGCCGUAUCGCUAACAAUCUUGGAAUUGUAAAGGACAAGAAGAGCUCUUCACUUCCAACAGUAUAUCGGCCGUCAGAGCACACACUGAGCAGCAUGCGUGCUGACAUAGGUGCAGCAUCCCUCUCUAUCUACGGAGAUCCAUUUGACCUGGAUCCCUUUGUGGAACGUGAGGAAGAAGAGCAGCAGGCUACAUCACUGUUGGAAGCCAAGCGACGAGGGAUCUCGCGAUCUGCUCUUCGUUCUCACCAGCCUGUAGCUCGACCAGUCACUGCGAGCCUUUCAAGGAGAGGUAUGGAUGUUCCACAAUCAAGGAGUGUUGUGGAGGCUGCUCCCGUGCCUGACCUCCUGGGCAGCAUCCUAUCAGGACAGAGUGUCCUGCUAAUGGACAGUUCUGAUGUUGUUAUUAAUCGAGAUGGUUCCCUUAAAACUACGAAGCCGAUGUUGCCAUCUGUGUUAAAGCCAAGUUGCAGCAAUAGCUGUAGCUCAGGAGAUGGCAGCACCCAGAUCAGCCCAGUGAUGUCGCCCAACCAGGGAGACAGUUCUCCAUCGCCUCACUACAACAGAGACCUGCCAGGAUCCUCCCAUAGCUCCACCAACAGACCUUUCUCCCAGAGCUCUUCGCGCUUACACUCCCCAGCCAGCCACAUCCCAUCAUCUUCCCAUUCUGAUUUACCACCCCGAGGUCACCCAACUUUGCUGCCACCUCGUCCAAUCAGACCCACACCCCCUCCUGGUCACUGGAGAACCAAUGGAGUUAGAGCCCCCAGUCCUUCCUCAUCCAUCCAACCUACCCUUGACUCCAGCUCUAAGAGCAAAGUAGAGACCUCAUCACAGUCCCAAACUAUAAAAGCACCUGUAAAGCCCAUGUGGGUAGAUGUGUCGGUUCUUCCAAGGAUACCAAAAAUAAAAAGGGAGAGCAGUGGUAUCACAAAUGAUGACACUGGUCAAGGGGGCGGCACUGGCAGUAAUCGAAGCAGCAGUAGUAGGGGAAAUGGUAGAAAUUCUGCCACCAGUAGUAAUGGUUAUGGCAUGCCAGAAACAGGCAUGAACAGCCUUGCUGGGGACAAGGGAAAGCAGCAAAGCGUAGACCAGCAAAAGGGUAGGGCUGACGGUCAGGCCCAGAGGCAGAGGCCAGAUGGAAACAGCUCAUCCUCAGCCUUCUCCAACUCAUUCUCCUCCUUCUCCUCUACUGGCUCCUCUACCAACCAGCAACGUUAUUCCUCAUCGUCUUCCUCUUCUUCAUCAGCAGUGAGCUUCCGCAUUAACUCCAGUGGGAACUCCUGGCAGGCAAGGCGGCUUAGCAGCUCCUCAUCCUCUGCUGCUGGAGGCAGUUCGCAGGAACACCGCAGAGAAAAAGAAGAUGAAGCAAAGAAGAGACAGCUGCACAGGGAUAAACAGAUGCUUCUGGCAUCACGUACAUUGGUCAAUAAGGAACAAGACAGUAAUACUAUCUACGAUCCCUUUAAUCCUACUCUGUCAGACUCGAGCAGCUCAGAGGAUGAAGCUGAGAACAAAAGCCUGGAUGGUAGCUCCCGACGUGCCACACUUGAGGGGAUGGCCCCUAGUUUAAGAAAUGAGAAGGGUUUAGUGCAAAGCAAGCAGAAACCAGUUCCUGUGAAAACUGAAACACAGGAGAAUGAGGACUUCCAGGAAGGACCGAGGGGAGCUAGUCCUCAGGAAACCACAACACAAGAGGUCAUAUUCUCAGAGGAACAUGUCAAGGUCGAAAAAGAGUCAUCAAUAGAGACAAAGACUGAGAAACAAACCCAAUUACUUGACAUUGAAGUUAAGAAGGAGCCCGGGUUAGAUGACGCAGGGGAUGCUGAAAGGUUUGGUCACAGUGUAAAAAGUUUGAAUUCAGAGACAGCAAACACCACACCACCUGUUCAACACAGCCUGGAUCUUUUAAAGACUGAGAGAGAGACUCUAGAAGAUGAUAGUGGACAGACUGUUGGAACUCCCAACAGUGCUCCCCCUGACUCUAAGAACGAUUCAUCAGCAUCCAGCUCUGCUCCCACUACGAACAGACAAAAACCAGAAACUAAAUCAGAUUCUAAAUUGGACUCCAAAUCCUCUCCCAAGUCAAGAGAUUCGGGCCAUAACAAGACCUCAAAGGAGAGAUGCUCGAGCAGUUUGGAGACAGACAAAGAGAGGAGAGGAGACCAUCAUGCAUCAAGCCAGGGAGGCCGACGAAAAGAAAAGGAGAAGGACAGUCAAAGGAGUUCCAGGCGUUCAAGGUCCAGAGAGAAGAGGAGGGCCCAUUCAUCCUCAGAAAGCUCUCAGUCCAAUUCCCCGGAUAGGACUCGCAGAAAGAGGCGGCGAUCCCGGUCGCGAUCCAAAGACAGGAGACGAUCUAGAUCUGGUUCCAGCUCCAGCAGCAGAGAGCAUUCAAGAAGGAGGAAGCAAAAACGAAGGAGCAAGGAAAGAAAUGACGGCAGAGAGAGAGACUGUGAAAGAAGACGUUUGUCAAAAGACAAGAGACGUGGUCGGUCUCGCUCAAAAUCACGUUCCAGGUCUAGAUCAAAGGACCAUAAACGUGGUCAUUCUCGCUCAAAAUCACGCUCAAAAUCACGGUCCAGAUCCAGGGAAAGGAGGAAAGACCACACACGACCGCAACAAUCUUCUCUCUCCUAUAGAGACAAGGUAGAGUACCGGUCAAGAGACAAGAGAAGACAAAGGUCUAGAUCCAGAUCAAGAGAAAAACGGAAAGAUGAAGGAUCAUCAUCCAAGAGUUCUCAGAAAACUUCAGGGUCUAGUGUUUUGUCCCUGAAAGACACAAAACAGUUAAAGGACAAGAAAAAAGAGAAGGAUAUCCCUCGGAGCUCCCUCAAAGAGGAAAAACUUGUUCCACUGAACAAACACACGACUUCCUCCUGUGCUGCCACCUCUGUAGUUAGUAAGAAAGACAAAGACCUCAAGGCAGAUGUCCAGGCCACAACAACAGAAAUGGCAAAAGAGAUGAAGGUUGGAAAAGAGAUUAAGAAAGAAAAACAACCACUUCUUGAUAUGUUUGAAGAUUCUCCUAUUACUACGGAAAUUAAGAAAGAAGAAACUGACAUCCAUGCCUUGACGGUAGCUAAAAGCAUAGAUGAGGAAGGAAACAAAGAAGACCCCAUCAAGACUGAGACAAUUGAAAUCCAGACUGAGACUGAGACAUUUGAAAUCAAAACUGAGACAUGUGAAAUUAGGACUGAGACAAGUGAAAUCAAGACUGAGACUUGUGAAAUCCAGAUAGAUAAAUCUGAGCCAAGUUCCCCAGAUUUAUGCCAAUUACCCCCCGUCACCUCAUUUUCUACAUUGACCACAUCUGUUACAACAGACUGUCUCCAGGACACAGUCUCUCCAUCUCAUCAAGAGUUAAUAGCCACUGGAGAACAAUCUGACACUGUUGGGUUGACUGUCCCUGUAAAGCAGGAAGUUCUGCAACCCUCAGACUCUGAUGAUGACUUUAAUGUUGAUGUGAUGCUCGACAACCUGGACUAUGUGAAGUCUGAGCGCACAGAGGAAAGUGGUGAAUCUCUCAAACAAAAGAAGGAAGUGGAGGAGGGGAAGAAUGAACAGGUAUCGACUGCAGUGGGGGCCAAAUCCAAGUCUCAAGUGAAGAGGGUUACCUGGAAUAUACAGGAGCCUGAGGGGCCUCAACCAGAGAAAUCUCCAAGCAAGCUGUCCCUGUAUAAAUUGAAGCUGAAACAGGAAGGUCGCAGACCCUCCUCAACUGUCCAGACAUCCAGUCAGGACAUCACUGGAGCUGUCAGUCAUCCUUCCAAGAAGGGUGCUGCCGGUGCGCUCGGUACCUCCUCUAGACCUGAUGGUGCACAAGGAGAGGCAGAGGAGGGAGAUUUGUCGAGGAAAGACCAGUAUUUGAAGAAGCUGCACAUGCAGGAGAGAGCUAUAGAAGAGGUGAAGCUCGCCAUCAAGCCUUUCUACCAGAAGAGGGACAUCAACAAGGAGGAAUACAAAGAGAUUCUACGCAAAGCUGUCCAGAAGGUGUGCCACAGCAAGAGUGGGGAGAUCAACCCAGUGAAGGUGGGCAAUCUGGUCAAGGCAUAUGUGGACAAAUACAAGCAUGCUAGGAAACACAAGAAAGGAGAGGACUUAGGGCAGACGCAGGAGGCUGAGACCAUGAAAACUUCUGAUAGCCCCUGAGGAGGCGUGAAUUCCAGGCAAGGACAGCCACACCCACUGACAACACUUUCUCCUAUGUUAUAUUAUCUUUUAUUUGCGUCCUACCACUGGGUGUGAUCUCAAAUCUCUCUGACAAACCCUACCUAAACGGUUCACUAAGAUUUACUCUCAGCUUCAAGACGGAACAUUUUCUAUAAUGUCGAGCUUCACUGAAUUUUGAGGACAACCUUUUUUUUUGUUUUGUUUUGUUGAUCACUUGAACUGCACCUAGUGAUGUCUUGUGCUUGGACUGUCACUGCCAAGAACUGGUCUCUAUGUGUAGUACAGCUCUGAAACUCAAUGGGAAACUGUGAGGUUGUGCCUUAAAGAGGCAGAUCUCAAUGACCCUCCCAUGGAGCGAUCAGUCAGGUAGCUUUCUCCACAGGCAUAUCACUGGGAGGAUGCAGCGUCGGCUUUGAGUUGAGUUUCCCUAUGGCUGUUUUGUUUUGUGGGGAGUCGAGGGGUAUUUAUCAGUGGCAAAACUAAUUCUGUUGGUUCGUAAGUGGUGUGAAAGUAUGCAGAGUAUGCAUAUUGAACAAGUUUGUCACAUUAAGGAACAACACUGUUAUGCAAUUUUUGUAGAAAAUUUAUCAGUAGAGUAACUAAACAAUUUUAGAUUUGGUUGUAAAUAAUAUAGAUUUGAUAUAUCCACUCGUAUGUUUCUUUCAUCUGUGCUGCCUGUUGUGAAUGACUGGCAUAAAUGGCUCUAGUUUAUAGAGUU